CCGGCCGCCCGCAGCCCUGCCCGGGUCCGCCCGCCUGCCCAGCGCCCCCGAGCACUGCCCUGGGCAGCGCCGGCACCGCCUCGUGGGGGAAACACGGGCAGCGAGGCGAGAGGGGGGCGCCGAACAGCUCUGGGUUACUGAAACCAGUACAGGAGCUGCCAGGACAAAUUUUGCUAUUUAGCCAAAAAUAGCUCGUUCAGGGUUAGGCUUUUUUUUUUUUUUUCCUUUUUGCUUUUUUUUUCCCCCUUUUUUUUUUUCUUUCUCGUAGCCGAGCGGCCGGAGCAGUGCCCCCCGCGCAGCGCGGAGCCGACCUGCCGGCCUGAGGGCAGCCGAGCGGCCGCGGCAGGAUGUACCAGGGACACAUGCAGGCAGUAGGUGAAACCUUGAAGAAAAAGUGGCUCUGUCUUCAAAAAAGUGACCUGACCUUUGCUUUGGGCAAAGGCGCUAGGGCGGCCGAUAAGGCUGUGGCCAUGGUGAUGAAGGAGAUUCCGAGGGAGGAGUCUGCAGAAGAAAAGCCCCUCCUCACUGUGGCAUCCCAGCUGGUGAAUGAGCAACAGGAGAGCAGACCCCUCCUGAGCCCCUCCAUUGAUGACUUUCUCUGUGAAACUAAGCCAGAAGCUGUUGCCAGGCCUGUAACAUCAAAUACUGCAGUAUUAUCAGCAGGUCUGGAUCUCUUGGAUCUUAGUGAACCUGUCUUACAAACCCAAAACAAAGCAAAGAAAUCAGAGAAUCCUUCAAGAACUGAAGGCAUAAAAGCUUCAACCCACAGAAAGAAGACAGAGAAUCCUGACCUGAUCAGUGUGGAUUCUGAGCAGAAAGUCCAGGCUGCCAGAGUUGCAGACAAGUCUUCUCUAGAUUUAGUUGAUAUUCAGACACAGAUAGAGAAAUGGGAUGAUGUCAGUUUUCAUGGAGACAGGAGUAGCAAGGCUCACCCUUCUGCAGAGAGAACAUCAUCAUCAUCCAGAGCUCCAUCAAAAGAGAUUUUAUGGUCCACAGAAAACAGAUCACAGUCUGAGCUGACUAAUGUCAAGAGUGCCUUGGACUCUGAUUCAGCAUCAGAAUUAGAACUUGCACCUGCAAUACAGGUGGGGGAGCAGUGUGGUCACAGGACUUUUUCCUGCUGGAAAAGGAACUCUAAUACGGAGGGCUCUGGGCUAAAGGCACGGUCAAGUAAGGAGCAGCGUUGGGGAACACCUCUUCUCUCCAGAAAUCACUCUUUGGAGGAGGAAUUUGAAAGAGCAAAGGCAGCUGUUGAGUCUGACACAGAGUUUUGGGAUAAAAUGCAAGCAGAGUGGGAAGAAAUGGCUCGCAGAAACUGGAUUUCAGAGAACCAGGAAGCACCAGGGCAAGUCACCAUCUCAACCAUUGAGAAGGGUUAUUAUUUCCACACUGACAAUCCCUUCAAAGACUGGCCUGGUGCUUUUGAGGAAGGACUGAAAAAAAUGAAAGAAGGUGACCUGCCUGUUACAAUCUUAUACCUGGAGGCUGCAAUUCUCCAAGAGCCCAACGAUGCUGAGGCCUGGCAGUUCCUGGGUAUAACACAAGCAGAAAAUGAAAAUGAGCAGGCAGCCAUCGUGGCCCUCCAAAGGUGUUUGGAACUGCAGCCAAACAACCUGAAAGCUCUGAUGGCCCUGGCAGUGAGUUACACCAACACUGGCCAUCAACAAGAGGCCUAUCAAGCCUUGAGAAACUGGAUAAAGCAAAAUCCAAAAUACAAGUACAUAGUGAGAAGCAAAAAAGGGUCCCCAGCACUUACAAGGAGGAUGUCUAAGACAGCAGAUGAAAGCUCAUUACUUGAAGAAGUAAAGGAUUUGUACCUGGAGGCUGCUCACCAGAAUGGUGAUAUGAUAGACCCCGACCUGCAGACAGGACUUGGGGUUCUUUUUCACCUGAAUGGAGAAUUUAACAGAGCAAUAGAUGCAUUUAGUGCUGCUUUAACUGUUCGACCAGAGGACUAUACCUUGUGGAACCGCCUCGGGGCAACCUUGGCAAACGGGGACCGCAGUGAAGAAGCUGUGGAAGCCUACACACGAGCUCUGGAAAUCCAGCCUGGCUUCAUCAGGUCCAGGUACAACCUGGGGAUAAGCUGCAUCAACCUAGGGGCAUACAGAGAGGCUGUCAGCAACUUCCUCACCGCUCUCAGUUUGCAAAGAAAAAGCAGGAAUCAGCAGCACGUUCCCCACCCUGCCCUAUCAGGCAAUAUUUGGGCAGCACUUCGGAUUGCUCUGUCUAUGAUGGACCAGCCAGAACUAUUUCAAGCUGCCAAUGUGGGUGAUCUAGACAUUCUCUUAAGAGCUUUUAAUCUAGAGCCGUAAUAAAAAGGAUUCACAAAUUGAUGAAAUUGUAUUAGGAAACAGAGAACUUUUUUAUUACUCAUCCCCAAAUGACCACAUUUUCCGAAAGAUCAUGACUGUAGAUCAGUAGGGGAAUUCCUUCAGACAUUAUCCAUAAAGGGAAAGUUCAAAAGCACAAAAGUAGUGUAAAUAAAUUUGAAGUCAAAGGGUUGAAAUGAGCUGUGGCUAAUCGGACAAAGCCCUGAACUAGAUGAAAUAGCAAUUUCUGAAGAAUCUCCAUCCCAUGCAAGCUAUAUCUCUCUAUAUACAUACAGCUGAAAAAAGAAAAGUAUCUUAAGAAGAAACCUAGAUAAUGGUUAUUGCACCUUAGAAUGGCAAGCAGUGCAUCCAAGGAACCUGCUUAGUAGCUCAUUGCACUAUGCUGACACCACUUUGCCCCACAGUGGGGAUUCCUUAUCCUUUGGUUUCUUUGAUGAAAAAUCUUCCCAAGGUCCAUCUUUAUCACAGCUCUGAAAAUAGAUGCAUGUAAGAGGGAUGUGUUUGGUUUUGAAUGUAUUUAUUAGCUGGCAAUCAAUGUUUUGCUUCCAAAGGUACCUGGAUUAAUUUGAGCCCAGUUCUGCAGGCUCAUAAGCCAUGUGCAAUGUCAGGAGGAACACAGUCCAUGCAGGGCUAUGGGAUGAGGCCAGGUACAAUUGGGGAAGCCAGGUGUUGCCAGCAGAAGAGGCAAUUUGCACUGGAGUUGUUACUGUUCAAACCAGCUGUCCUUGAUCUGGGGCAGCCUGAAGGAGCUCAUGGCAGGGUCUGCACCUUUCUGUGUACUUAAUGCACUUUAAUCUUUUUUUUGUAAAAUAGUGCUAUGCUUUUCUUUUAGUCACCAACAAUGGAAUGUACAGGACGGCCUUCUUGGCAGAGAGGACCAAAUAUAAUUCCCUGAAAUGUAA